AAAUUAACAUUGUGAAUGAGAGGAUUUUGGAAAGUUGACCAGAAGAAUUAUAUGUUCUUUCAUGAGCAGGUUUACAUCCUCUGUGGAGACAAAGACACAGCUAUCCUUAUAUGCAGCAGCAUUGCUUGUUUUCUCAUGCUUCCCCACCAGGGAUGCCAGCCAGGCCAAUGCAGCUCUCACACCAUCAUUCUUCGGCUGCACAUCCACGCUCUUGCACUAGAGGGCGCUGUUUGUAAUCUAAGGUGCCGCGGCGGUCAGGCCUCCAAUGUCCCGGCAUGCACUGCGCUCCCUGUCAUGGCGCUGCUCAUGCUGCUCACUCUGCCCAGAAAGCGGCCGACAGCGCUAUACCAGUGUAAGAGGACGCUAAGUUGCUGGUAUUCGCCGGAGGGAGGGAGCAAAGCACGGAGAGACCCGUCACAUUGGCGCCAAAGUCAGGUUCUGCACAGACUCCCAGGGAAGACUACAUGGCAGGUUAUAAGGAAGGACAAUUCAAGGCAUUUUUUAGAUGCCGCAAAGGUGCUUUCUGGAUGGCAAUCGACACAAAUACGGACAUGCUGGCAUGGGAAUGCAGGGGGCAAUCUUCACACAGAUCCCAAGCAAGGGCUAAAGGAAAUAGAUUCCAGGAAGAUAUUAAAAGCCAUGUUUUCCUAUGUUUGGCCCAAAGACAGACCUGAUUUACGAGCAAGAGUUGCGAUAUCCCUUGGGCUUCUAGCAGGUGCAAAGGGUAUGAACAUUGUGGUGCCUUUCAUGUUUAAAUAUGCAGUCGACUCCCUCAAUGAGAUGUCUGGAAACGUGCUGAACCUGAGUGACGCACCGAAUACUGUCGCCACCAUGGCUACAGCUGUCCUGAUUGGCUAUGGAGUAUCCAGGGCUGGCUCAGCUCUCUUUAAUGAAAUGAGGAAUGCAGUAUUCGGAAAAGUGGCUCAGAGCUCCAUCAGAAGGAUUGCUAAAAAUGUCUUCUUACACCUGCACAACCUGGACCUGGGGUUUCAUCUGAACAGGCAGACGGGGGCUCUGUCUAAAGCUAUAGACCGGGGGACAAGGGGCAUCAGCUUUGUUUUAAGUGCCUUGGUGUUUAACCUGGGGCCCACAAUGUUUGAGGUUCUCCUAGUGAGCAGUAUCUUGUACUAUAAAUGUGGUGCCCAGUUUGCACUGGUGACAUUGGGAACACUUGGAGCAUACACUGCAUUUACCGUAGGAAUCACACAGUGGAGGACGAAGUUUAGGAUAGAAAUGAACAAAGCUGAUAAUGAAGCUGGGAAUGCUGCAAUAGAUUCAUUGCUAAAUUAUGAAACCGUUAAGUACUUUAACAAUGAAAAGUAUGAAGCUGAAAGGUAUGAUGGAUUCCUGAAGACUUAUGAAAAUUCUUCCCUGAAGACUACCUCAACUCUCGCCUUGCUGAACUUUGGACAGAGUGCAAUAUUCAGUGUUGGAUUGACAGCAAUAAUGGUGCUUGCAAGCCAAGGGAUUCUAACAGGAAACUUAACAAUUGGAGAUCUGGUCAUGGUGAAUGGGCUGCUGUUCCAGAUCUCACUGCCCUUGAACUUCCUUGGUACUGUCUACAGAGAGACUAGGCAAGCUCUCAUUGAUAUGAACACUCUCUUCACCCUUAUGAGUGUGGAUACCAAGAUUAAAAAUAAAGAAUUGGCUCCACCGCUGCUAAUAACCCCUCAGACUGCCACCAUAACCUUUGAUGAUGUUUAUUUUGAGUACAUCGAGGGGCAGAAAGUCCUUAAUGGUGUGUCAUUUGAAGUACCUGCUGGGAAAAAAAUAGCAGUCGUUGGAGGCAGUGGAUCAGGUAAGAGCACCUUGGUCCGACUGUUAUUCCGUUUUUUUGAGCCCCAGGGGGGAAAUAUUUAUGUGGCUGGACAAAACAUAAAGGAUGUCAGUCUGGAGAGUUUGAGAAAAGCAAUUGGUGUUGUCCCACAGGAUGCUGUUUUGUUCCACAACACAUUGUACUAUAAUUUGCACUAUGGCAACAUCAAUGCCAACCCCGAAGAAGUGUACCAUGUUGCAAAGUUGGCAGGACUGCAUGAUGCCGUCCUUCGGAUGCCUCAUGGCUACAACACCCAAGUUGGAGAACGAGGUCUCAAACUAUCAGGUGGAGAGAAGCAGCGAGUGGCCAUCGCCCGUGCAAUGUUGAAGAACCCACCAAUAAUUCUGUAUGACGAGGCCACGUCUUCCUUGGAUUCUAUCACUGAGGAGAACAUCCUAAGCUCAAUGCGGGAUAUAGUAAAGCACCGAACCUCUGUAUUCAUUGCACACAGACUUUCCACCAUUGUGGAUGCAGAUGAAAUAAUUGUACUUGAUAAGGGUAAAGUGGCAGAAAGGGGGACACACUUUGCACUCCUAGCCAACCCUAGCAGCCUGUAUUCCGAACUGUGGCACACGCAAAGUAACAGAGUGCUGAACAGCCAGAACAACAGGGCCACACAGAAGAGCGCCCAGGAGAUAGCCAAGGAGGAAGAACGGAAGAAACUUCAAGAAGAAAUCAUCAACAGUGUAAAAGGCUGUGGGAACUGCUCAUGCUGACCAAGGAUAAUGGCUGAUUGAGCUGUAAAUGGCGGCAUUGUGGGAAGUGGGAAUCCAAGGAGCAGUGCUUAAACUGUGGAUAUUUUUAAAUUCCCCCAGUCAUAGCCUCACAGCAGCUUUUGUUUUAUUUUCCACCAGCCUCUCUAUCUCCUGCUUUGUCGGUUCCCCUUCAAAAACGUUUCUUCUUCAUUGUUUCUAGUUCUUCUCAAAACACGUCUUCCUUUUAUAAAUUUUUCCGCUGGAUACUUUUAGGGUGCAUAUGAAAUGUAAAAUCCUUGUUUUGAGAGAAUAGCUAUAGCUGGGCAUACAUGGUAAGCAUGUGAACCCAAUUUGGGCACCAACAUUGUGGGCCAGAUCGGGAUAAUAUGAUUGGCAGAUGAUAGGGUCACAAUGGGGCCAAAGUAGACCAACUUGGAUAGGAUCACAUCAAAUGCACUAGUGGCCCAGAACCUCCAGAGGACCCCAUACACACAAGAUUACCUGUAAACUUGGUCUGAAGUGGACAAAACGGGCAGCUUUUAUUGGCCAAUGUAUUGCAAGCUAAAGUCAAUUAAUCAGACAGGAUUGGAAGCUGUACUAGGCCCUUGAUAUUUCGUUUUUAAUCCAGCUGAAUGUGUCCCUUAAACCACAUAUUAAAAUCAGUUCCCCGCAUCAUUCAUGUCAACCAACGAAGCUAGUUUAAAUAUUAUUAUUGUCAAUAAGAUCUUUUGUCCUAUAAUACAAAUAUUAUUAUGUAUAAAUAUAAAACAUUAUUUUCAAAUACAACACGUGUUAAUGGGAAUAUGGCAAAACUGUAGUUCACUCCUGGUUCUUGUAUAAGUAUUUGGGUUGUCAACAUUUUUUUUCCAGGUGGUAGAAAUUUUAAGCCUUUAUUUGUUUAUACAUACAUUCAUGAGAGAUAACAUUUUCACUUCCAGGAUGGAAGGAUGAUGCAGACAGCUCCAACGAGUUGAUGUCCGCACAGCUCGAUACCUUUAAAGAUCUGUAUUUCUUUGCAUCCCGUUAGUGUUAUCCUGUUUAUGCUCAUGCUAUUUUUUAUCAUGGUAAACAAGAUUUAAAGGAAAACUGUAGCAAAAGUACAUGUUGCACCUCUGUAUGCAAAUAUUUCAUAGGGGUCAUGGUGUUAGAUACUUGAAAUUUGUGGGGAGAGGAUCUAAUGUUUGAAAAAAAAAACAUUUUGUGUAGGAGCAGCUAGUACUAAAAAUAUACAGUAUUUUCCCUUUAAUAUAGCCAGUAAUGGAACCAUGUAAAUCAGUUUCCAUCAGAGAAAGUAACUGUUAUAAAGCCAUUAGGUGCUGCCUUCUGCUCUUAGACAAUGCUUUUCUGUUAACCGCUGCAUUACAAUGUUUCUUUUGUUUAAAUACCCAAUAGAAAAUCAAUUUUAAGCUCAAUUUUGCCCCCGCCUAAACACUCUAACUACAUUGCGUUUUCUUUUUAUGACAGGUAGAAAUUAUUGCUGUAGUUUCCAGUUUUUGUCCUCAAAUUCCCUGUAACGAUGCAUCUAGUGGGAACACUGACAUUUCCAAGGAACAAUGUCAGAACGACCAAGUCCUUAUAUGUGCUCCUAUAAGGGCUGAUUACGGAUGCACUAAAAUACCAGUGCCAUGUGGUACGUAGCGUGGCAUUCCUUUGGAGCCCCGGAAUCCGCUUAACGUUGUGAGAAUAAGUCCAGCAAAUCUCAAAAGGCAAAAUCAUUUUAAAAAUACAUAGGAGUGCAGUUUUAAAAAGCUGAUUUAUCAUCAUUUUAUAUCAAGUACAGGUAUUUUUUGUCUUGGUUAAAAAAGAAAUCUCAGUCUUGGCAGCAAGAUAUAGUUUUUUUUGCUGCUACUGGUUGACAGCAAUGAUCUCUAAAUGUAUAUAAAGGAUUCUUACUUUUCUGUGGCACUGACCCGUACAAAUAUUCCAUGCUGGAAACUUCUAAGCAAAAAUUUAGCAAUUCUUUGUAUUUUUGGAGUGGUUGUUUUCUACUCUCUGCAGGGCUAGAUUUGAACAACUUUAUAUUUCUGUUCAUCCUCUAUUCCAGCUGCGACCCUAGCAACUAGUGAGCGUAAAUGUCAAGCUGCAGAGCAAAAAUAGCAAUAUUAAAAAAAGAAAAAGUGUUCAUCUAUUAUAAUUUAAAGGCUGCAGUUGUAUAUGAUACAAAAAAAAAUCCUUCUGGGUCCCAUUGAUAUAGGCCUUGUUAAGCCACAAAUGAGUACUGUUGCUCUGCACUUUCUGGCGAUGGCGUUCUCUUGCACUGAACCCCCCAGAAAGGCCAGGCUUCAUCCAUUAUAUUUUAAAGGCUGCAAUUUUAUAUGAUACAGAACUGUGCUGCUAAAAAAAAUCCUUCCGGGUCCCAUUGGUAUAGGCCUUGUUAAUCCACAAAUGAGCACUGCUGCUCUGCACUUUCUGGUGGUGACGUUCACUUGCACUGAGCCCCCCCAGAAAGGCCAAAAAUGGCUGUAUUGCGUUUGCACUGCAGCAGCCCUUUGUCAUAAGUCAUUUUACUUUUAUUGCCCAUUAACACUUUGUUUCCAAGGAAUGUUAGUGACUGCUGCACUUUGUGAUUGGCUGCUGUAAUGUAUAAUGAAGAAACCAAUAUGUAUAUCAAGUUUAUAAACCGCACGUCUGAAGCUGCCUUGACACAAGCCAAUAAUCGAUCUAUAGACCUGCAAAUGAUGGCUGUCCCUUAAAGGCAAUCUAAAGUGAUUGAUGUCCCAGAGAGCUCUGCAGGGCUGCUGUAGCAUGGAUUUCAUUCAGUUCUUAAUAGAAGUGAUUGGUCUGUCCCAUGCCCUCGAGUGUUGUCCCUAUCACUGCUCUGCCUGAAAAUGUCUGAGGGAGAAAGAAAAUGACCAUAAUCAUUUUACUUUGUGCAGCAUACGUCAGUAGACUUAUAAUGUGAUCCCUAUCUAAAUCCAGCUCCUCAAUUCUUAUUUCCCCGAUGACCUGCUGACAUCUCUCCUGUCUCCAUUCAUUCUUCAUUUGCUCUCCUUGUAACAUACACGAGAAUACCUCUCCUGCCUGCUCGCCUGCCUUGUCUUGUAGAGCAAAUCGCCCCAGGAGGAGACCGAUGAGACGUUUCCUCAUGACAUAUUUGCCUCUCAGCACUUGAUAAGAAUAGUGGAUUUUUUUUAUUUUGCCUUAUAACCAACGUGAAAAAUACAGAUUCAGCCGGCUUAAGGGUGGGUUACUUUUUAUAUAAUCCUUGGAAAAUACCUUCCUUAUUAUGCUAUUCUCAGAUCUAACAUAAACAUCUACCCUACUUAUAACUUUAUGUAAAAUUGUUCAGUGCUCUUGUGAGCAUGUUUGCAAUGAAAGGUUUUGUGAUAUUAGCAGAUUUAUGCUGUUAAUAUCAUGAAAAUGUAAUCUGAGUGUCCCCUUGUUUUGGGUCUGGCAAGGACCAGUUAAAAUGACUGUUUUUUGCCAAACGGCAAGGGGUGCUCAGGUUACACCUUUUUGAUAUUAGGAGUGUAAAUAAAUGUAAAUUGCAAAAGUGCUCAGGAGAGCAAUAGUUCUAUUCUAGUACGUGCCCACUUUUGAUAGCCCGUACCUAUACCAUGUAUCUUUGCCACAGCAUGGGCACUCAACUGGAAUGAUAAAAUAAAUGUGCACUAAAAACGUAGCUGGAAAAGAAAGCUUUGUGUUCCAGCAGGCUGCUGUUAUUCUGCUCUGCUCUACAGCACAUUGCAGGGAUUUCAUAGAAGCGUCCAGUCAGAAAAGAAAAACAGACAGAUGUUUCCUUGGCAGAGCACUCUGGUUACAUUUGUGCCACUAAUGGAUUUGGGAGGCUUACCACAGCCUUGAUGUUUGUACUCAAAUGCCACUUUCUUUUUUUAAUGGGGGAAAAAUAACCCAACAUAGACUUUUAUUUUGUAGUUCUUGAAAGCUGAUGUAUUUUUCCGGCAAGUCCAAACGCGUACUACAUUCAACCUUUGCCACUGGGCAGAGGAAACUACAGCUGAUCCCUACAAAUGGCUUGGAGGCUGCUCGUAGGGUUGCUCCAGGCUGCAGGACUGCAGCAGAAUCCUAUCUAAACUUUUCAUAUCAAUGUGACCGGAUUACCCCUUCCCACAAUGCUGGCAUUUCCCACCUGCCGCCGAGCCUGAAAUCACUUGUCAGUUAACGUGACCUCAAUUAUAGCAUAUCUUUGCUUUUUUUUUUGUGUGUUUUUCUAACUUAUUCCUAAUUGAAUCCAAAUGCAUAUAAUAGAAGGUGUACAGUGAAGAUAAGCCAUUCUCUGUCGAGUGUUGCUCCUGAUUGUUUAAAAGAACCUUCUGAUUGCUAUUGAUUUAGAUACAUUUUGCAGUCCCUUUUAACACGACUUCCCAUGCUCUGUGCAUUUAUUAUGUAUAUAGAGUUAUUGUUGAAUAAAUGAAGAGUAAUAUUUGUU